CCGGCUAAAAAUUAUUCUCGUGCAGAGGACGCGCCGGCUGUCGAGGAGGCUAGCCUGGCCGGGUUCGUCGGCCAACAUUAUAUUUCCUCUCGCGUCGAAAAGAGCCGCCAUUUUGUCUGGCUUCUAGUUUGGCUGGCGGCGGUCGUCGUCGUCGUCUGCUUUUCGGGGGCGAAGAAGACGCGGCACCGGGGAAGGACUUUUUGGCGUGUGUCGCUGCUUCGCGAUUUGUUUGCAGGUGCGAGAAGGCCGGAAACGACGGAAAGCAUGUCCUCCAGCGACGCCCUGGGCCUUUGCGUGAGCCAGAAGAUCCACUGGCCUCACAACGUCACCUGCUACCUGGUCAAGUUCUACCGCACCACGCCGUGCCUUUGGGACCACUCCCACAGAGACUACAGCGACAAGGCGGCCAAGGAGCGUGCCCUGUCCCAGUUCUCGCGAGAGACCGGCUACCCGGUGGAGGCGGUGCGCAAAAAGCUCAUCAACCUGCGCAACCAGUUCACCAACGAGUGGCAGAAGAUGGACCGGAGCCGGGAUGCCGAGAGGCCCUAUCGGACCAAGUGGGCCUUCUACAAGUCCCUCACCUUCCUCAAGGACGUCGUGCUGCCAAGAAAGCCCAGGGCGCCCAUCCACCUGGGCAUGGGUCAGCAAGGCCAGCCCGGUCCUGUGCCAACGCGAGUCUUCCAGGAAGGACUCAAAAUGGCCGCGUCAUGCAGCGCCGUAGCCCCCGGCCACGAACCUGCACCCCCUGCAGGCGAGCUGGGUGUGGACUUCGAGGCGCCCAAAGACGACUGCCCGCAGGACGACAACGCGGCACUUGUGGCGACCGACGCCGGAGACACCGAGGACCUGGAACUGUCCCAGUCCAGUAACUCGCUCGUCCUGUCGCCAGAGGUGACUCUCGAGGAACCUUCCUCCAGCGAGAGAAGGACCAUCCAGAUCGAGGACGAGUACAGCCACCAGGACUACAGGAUGUCGUACCCGUUCCAGGCCGAGAGAUACGCCGACCUUCCCAGGGGCGACCACAUUGACUCGUUCACAAGUUACAUCGGAACCGAGCUACGUCGGAUCGCAGACGAAGAGGUCGUGGGGGGCCUCAAGCUCCAAAUACUCAAGCUUAUCUUCGACGCCCAAGCCACGGCGGCUCCGUUCCCGGCUCACACACCCCAGUGAUGCUCUGAGCCGAAGCUGUUUCAACGAACACAAAAUUCAACGCCACAUGUCCUCGGCGAGCAAGAAUCGCUGCGUUUCACCAAUCGGGGACAAGCGCGGAACUACGCAUGCGCCGCGGAGUGACGUCACGCCACUUUAGCCCUUCCUCCUUCUAUGCCAAGUUGGACAGAAACAGGACAAUAUGCAUGCUGACGGCGAUUCAGGACUGUGCCCAUACUCACGGACCGUCUCCAACAAGAAGGUUACAAUUGGCACCAACGCUAAGCCAUGAAGACUUUUCAACGUCGUUCCCCUAGCUUUUUCUUUUCCCCUGGUAGCGACGUGAUGACGUAUGGUGUAUAAGCUCCUAACGACAUACUACGCACACUUUGUGCGCUCGAUCGUGACCAUCAAGGUAGCAGAAGAAUUAGUGCUACGCGUGUGGUCCAGACUUUUCACUUCAGUUAUUUAUCAGGAGCGCGCCCUUGAGGACGUUUUUUGUUGUUCUUUUUUUUUUUUUAGUUUACCCAUCAUCUGGCAACAUAGUGGACAAUGAUGAACACGAACAUGAAAUUGUGCAUGUGAAGUCGUGAUGCCAUAACAAAUAUACCAUGGCCCUUCCCCUCUACUUGGUGCAAGACAACGAUCAAUGCAAUUUUCGGUGCGACUUGUGGAUUGUGGAGAGCUCUUAUGUCCACUGGGUGGCCACAAGCAAAGCACCCUGGACAGCAAUGAUGUCGUCCGUGCUUCCAUAAAGUCGCCAUUUGUAUCAUCACAUAGCUAUAGCACUUGCUUCAGCUGUAUGCAGAUGUACCGACAAAGUACAUCAUCGUCAUCUUAGCUUCCUUUGCAUCGACACUACACUAUGCACACAACGAGGAAAGAAUGUGGUCACCGGCAGAAACCACAGUUUCGGAACUUCAUCAACCACAACUAGAGAAAGCAGGUUAGAAUCCUCCUCGUGAACUUCUCACAUCAUCAGGAAUCCAAGUCCUUGUCUGCGCCACAGUGUGAUAGACAGCUGACGGUAAAGACGUGACUGGGCAUGCGCCGCUUGAAUACCGGUCCCCCACCAUGUCGGCGAUCGUAGCUGGCGAGACAAGACUGAAGACGAACCUCCACCGACUGUGCACAACACAUCAUCGGCUACCACGAAGCACAAAGCACGCACGCGCCAACUGUACCGUCAUUAUUUAUUAUCCGCGUUCGUUAUGCGUAUAACAGAACUCUGUGCUCCACGACUGUACUGCGAACUGUAUUCUUCCAUGCCGAAACCAUGUGACAGCACAGGUGGCUGACUGGUUCGGAAGAGAUCUUCCCGAAACGCGUACCCUUGGAAGUCUUGAAGUAAAGUCCUUUGACGUGUUUGCGUUGGUAUUA